CACCUUUGAUAAUCAUCAGCUUCAUAUUCAGCCCAGCUACCCGUACGUAUAGCCACAAGUGAACCUAUUCCAGCCUCCGGACGAAAGUUUCGUAACGUUGCGAUUUUUCGCAAUAUGUAAAUCGAUAGAUAAUGAAUGUUAUCUUUAAUCGUUUUGGCAAUGUUUGAUGUUGGUUUAGUGCACAUGUGGUUGCUCAGAAAACAAGUCAGGUAGUCCACUAUCCUGGGCUAGCCCUGUACCCUAUCUACCUAGGGUACUACUACGUUACCUAAUAUAUAUACUAAAAACAUGCUCGUCAACGACUCAACGUUGCAAUAGACACACCUACAUAACAGCUAAGUCCCUGAUAGGUAUACUAUGCUUGAGGACGGAAUCGUAAUAUCGAAAAUACGAGUACUUAUAUAUGACAAGUGGUUUCAAUCGAGCCCAAAGUGAAACCAAUUCUGUCCUCUGAUCUUUUUUUCUUCAUUUGGUACAGCUUGGUCAAGAAUACACAUACCCGUCUCUCAGCCUCACUGCCCUAGGUUAGCUUGUGAAAAUACUAAUCACCAACUAUCACCCAAACUAGCCCUUCUUCACCAUGGCACAGAAGGCCCUCCGUCGCCGUGAUCAAACAGCUGGCUGUGGACUACGGGAGGUUCUUGCGGUCUCUUCGGCUGACUUCACAUCACCGCCCGCCAUACCUGAAGUGCCCACCGAUCCUGAUACGAUAAAAGCCACGUGUGACAGCAUCCUUCUGGAGUCCUUCACCGCCCAAGACGCGUGGGAGCUCGGCCAUUUCCUCUAUGCCAGGCUCUUGCCCUUCUCGGCGCAGAGGGCGACGGUGAUCUCCAUCUCGCUCCCCAACAGCAACCAAGUGCUAUUCCAGACUGCCGUUGGCUCCGGUCUCCCGCCAGACAACGAGCUGUGGGUGGAGAGGAAGAGAAAUACCGUGCUGAGGCUAGGCUCCAGCACCUGGUGGCAGCAGUGCAAGUACGGUGGCAACGAGGAGGCUUUCAGCAAGGUAUUUAGGAUGAGCCCGACCCAGGCUGAGAAGUAUGCGAUUCACGGGGGUGGCGUACCUAUUCGGGUCCAAGGGGUUGAGGGCAUCGUUGCUGUUGUGGUGGUAUCUGGACUGAAACAGCAGGACGACCACAGUGUCAUUUUCGAUGUUAUUCAUCGUCAUUGGGAGUAACGUGACUAGCAUACAGCCUAGUACCCAGCAAGGCUACUAGCUUUGCGGUUAGGUGGCCUAGCCAGUACGACUGUAGGAGCAUAUGUGGACGUGGGUAUUAGGAGAAUAGGGGGCGCUAAGAAGCUCUUAAGCUUUAAGGAAAUGCUCGAUUUCCCCCACAUCUACCCUUAGAAUUCUGUUGGCCAUGACUUCUGCAGUCUUCUGGUUGGGAGCUUAGCAUUGAAACCAGGGUGGUAAAACUAAAAACUCAUUGUGGACAAUCGAACAGAUACUGUCGUCAAUGAUAAUACUACACCAGCCCAGGUGUUCUUCAUUUGAGGGUGACAUAUCAGUCCGCGGAAACAGUAUAUCUAGGUACCUAGUAUUUAUCCGCCGUAGCACGAAGUAUGAACUUGGUCACGUGUGCAGUUGAGAACGUUGAGGCAUCCAUAAAUCUGUCCCAGCUGUCGUAGGAGUUGGGGCCUACAUGAUGCCCCAAGGUGUAGGUACUCGCCACCGGGGUGUCUCCGUGGGGAAUAGGGGGCAGACUUCGUCCUCAGGAUCGCGCGUGCCGGCCCGGUGCUGCUAACCCCG